AAUGAAAAUGGCCUUGUGUGUUUAUUUAUUAAUAUUUAUUUAAUUUGUCAAUCUACGAGCUUUACAUAGGUACGUAUUAUUUAAAAAGGAACGGACCGCUAUAUAUGUAUAUUAUGCGGCAAGUUAGAAAAAGUACAACAUCAUAAUGGCAGAAGAAUAUUUGAAACAUAUCAAACAGCAAGUUGUAGAGAAAAAUGUUGCACAUAGUCUGAAUAAUUUAUUCUCUUCUUCGCACACUUAUUGUUGCUUUCUCAAAUUGAAAAGUGAUUGCCAAUGAGCGAAAGGCGUACAGGAGUAGUAUAUUUUUCUGCGCAUCUUUUUUUAUAAAUUCAUCUAGCCGCGUGCUGAGCGGUAUUAAAUUUGUAAUUGUAUUGAGGCAAGGUGAAGUUGUACUAGUGAAGAAGAGAUCAUGCAAAUCAAAAUCAUUAAGCCAGCCGGGAAAGCUUAUAUAAAUAGGUUGUGGUUAAAACCUCGUUCGACAUUUUGUACUAUUGCUUUGGUGAAGACUGGUGUUCAUUUUCUUCUUAAACCGAUUAUUUGAAAUCAACCCCUCUGAACAAUUAGUGGAAUGGUUUGUGCUCUUGAUAGGUUUUCUGUAUCAAUAUAGUUGAACAGACGAUUCAAGGAUUUAAUUUUCGCGAGUGCAGUUAAACAUUGUUAAGCGAAGCUAUUGACUACAGCAAUUGAACAACGCCUAAUUCAAAAUGUCAGCCAAUGGUAACAACGGAAAUAAUGAUAGUAAUGAGGCCACACCACCAGCCCCAUCGCCAUCAGUUAGAUUAGAUAUAGCAGACCGAAUGAAACGUUGGCAUGGCAAGGUUGCAGUCGUAACCGGCGCCAGCGGUGCAAUUGGCGGGGCCAUCGCGGUAGAACUCGUCAAAGCGGGAAUGAUCGUAUGCGCACUGUCAAGACGGCGUGACAAGGUGGAAAAACUACGCGUUAGCCUGUUUGAUGUAGCCGGUACGCUGAAUUACGUUGAGUGUGAUAUUACCGUUGAGGACGAUAUUAAGUAUGCGUUUGGAUGGAUCGAAAACACAUACGGUGGGGUAGAUAUGCUGGUGAACAACGCAGGGAUCAUCACAAAAUGCUUGCUAACAGAGAAAAACAAUACAAGGGAUCUGUAUAAGACAAUGGAGACGAACAUUAUUGGAUUAACGUUAUGCACCAGGGAAUCUGUUAAAUCGAUGAAAGCCCGUGAUGUGAAGGGUCACAUAAUUAACGUUAACAGCAUAUUUGGCCAUAAAGUGCACCAAGCCGUCCCAGGAACGCGACCAUUAAAUGGAAUGUAUCCGGCUUCGAAAUAUGCAGUCACGGCCAUUACGGAGUGUAUUAGACAAGAACUCGUUUACUUAGGCACGGGCUGUAAAGUUACGAGUAUUAGUCCUGGCUUAGUGGAAGGUGACAUUCUUUCGGCAAACACCUCGAAGGAAAACGAAAUUGUUAAUUACAUGCCGAAACUAAAACCGGAAGAUGUGGCCGAAGCGGUACUUUAUGCUAUAACUACACCAGAAAAUGUUCAAAUUCACGAGCUGAUUAUCAAGCCGAUGGGCGAGUUCCUGUAGUCAAACAUAAAAAAAAAACAGAAGUACAGACCGAUUUAAAAGUCUGAAUUGAGUUUAUGGAGACAAAUCUAAUAUACGUGAAUAUUAUUAUUCUGUUCAGCAACGUUGAUGUCCCGUUGUGAAAAGUUGAUCAUUUAUAUAUUAUAUAAUAACACCUAAACGCACUAUAAAUACAGGUGUAUUUUCUACAAACUACAAUUACAACUUUGUGUCUACUGAUCCACACAUAUACUGAUUGAGUCUGCUGAUACAGUUUUAGACAGUUUCGUAUUUUUAGAUUCUACACUAUCAGAAAUAGCUUCGCUCUGUUGUUACAACCUUACACUUUUUUUUAAUUAACUCAUUUCUUUUAAAUCAUGAUUUGAACCGAGAUAACCAUAAUUCCAUUUGAGCUUAUAGAAUUCUGUGGGUGCCCAUGAUCGUUAUUUAAAACCGUUGUUUUCUUUAUUACUUAAACACGCGUUUGUAGUGAAAUGUUUUUCAAACAAAAUCUCUUCACUUUGAUGUUUUGGUUUAGUUUAUUUUACUUUCGUAUAGAAACUUUCGUAAAGAUUAAUUGUAAAAAUCAUUUGAUUUUCUGUAUCAUAAAGUAAUUUCAGCAUUUGAUUUUAUUUGCCUUUUUCUAUACAUUAUGAGAUCUUGGCUGUGAUACCUUCUUAGUGUUGGAAAAAAAUGUCGAAAAAAAAUUGUUAAAUUUGCAUUUCUCAGCCACGAUCUCGUACAUUGUGGAAGCACCUUGUCUUAUCAUUUCUUUUAUCUAAGUUAUAAAGCUUUCAAAUAGAACUAAUUCCCAAAAGCGUUAAUCAUCAUGCAGUUUGUGAGCGGUAAUAUAAGUUGAAAAUAAAUAACGUAAGCUAACAAACAUAA